GAGUCGAUGGACGUUAACAAGACGCCGAGUGAACUCUUAUCAAGCGGCUUAUUUGAAUUAAUGGAGUUCACGUUACAAAAGCAGAACGUUGUCGAACGGAUGUGUGAGUUGUGGAAUGUAGCGCGUGACGAGAAUAUCUCCGACACUUCAGUCGUCAAAGAAGUCAUCAACUUUUAUCGAGUCCAAUUGCCAACUCGCGAGUACCGUACACUGGUCGGGAGAUAUGAGGGGCGCCUCCGAGAGAUGUCGAAAGAAUAUUACACGCAAUUUGCAGAUUUAUUGAUCCAAAGUGGUCCAUUCAAUUUCCUUGAAAAGUACUCGGACUUUUAUACCAAAGAAAUUGAACGAAUUAAUACCAACGAAUUGUCCAAUGACGUUCAAACGAUCUUAAAAAGUGAAUUGGUCAAAGUCGUGUUUUCUAAGCAAGAUGAAGUCUUGCAAGUGAUGAAGAGUUUGGUAGAGUCUGCAAACACAACAUCAUUAAAACCAGUCUAUGUUUUGUAUCUUCAAAACAAGAAUAUGGAAAUCCUUGAGAGACUCUGUUAUGAAACGGAAUGCAUCUUAAACACUAAGACGAACACUUUUUCAUUGGAUAAUUUCCAACAGUCGAUUGAACACUUGUUGUCUGCGUAUGACUCGUAUAAAGUAGUCGUGAAUUGCCUUGCUGGAGAAGCAGUCAGUCAUCUUGAAAACGUCUUCAAAAAAUUGGUUGCAUCAAUUGCAGUAUGUCUUGGAGACAAGGACGCAGCAAUUGUGCCGUCAUUCUUGGCAAAGUAUCUCAACAGUUUGAUGAAAAGAAACUCCACAUUUUCUAUUGAAAAACAAAAGGCAUUUGAAACGAUCGACAAAAUCAUUGCCGUCACAAACUACGUCCAAAACUCUGACGUGUUUUUGUACGCAACAGUAAAGUCUUACAUCGAAAGACUCAUCUUCGCCAACUCUAAUGAAGAGUACGACGAAUAUUUCAUAUCAAAAAUGAGAGGGGUGAACCAUAAUCAUUGUUAUCGGCUUGAACAGGUCCAUGGCGAAUUUGAAUACUCCAAACAACUCUCGAGUGAGUAUAGUGAUGUCACUAAAAGUACUAAAUUCAGUUGUAUUGUCUUCGGUGCACAAAAUGAGAUUAAGGACUUUUUGAACUUCAGCCCCGAAGGUCAACUCAAAACCGACUUUGAACAAUUCAAUCAAUUUUAUAUGACAAAGAAGUACAAACAGAAACUUGAAGUGUGUUGGAGGAGGUCGAAUGGGGUAGUUCAAAUGAAUGGGAAAUACCAAAUCAUAGCUUUAGCUCCACAAAUAUUAAUACUCAUGUGUUAUAUGGAAAAGGUAAAUUGGAGUGUCAAGGAGUUGAGUGAAAGGUUUAAAACAACGACGUUAUACAUCAAAAUGAUGAUCAGUGGAAUUCUUUCAAAAGGGAUAUUAAUUAGUGGGGAUAAUGUUUUGAAGGAUAGUAGUGAAGUUCAGUAUAACGACCAUUUUGCGAGUAAAAACAGAAAAAUAGGAGUCACUCUUCUUAACAAAAAACUUGUUGGGGAAAAUGAGAGUUUUGAUGACGACGUGAAAGACAAAGAAGAGAUAAUACAGAAGAGGCAAUACUUACUCGAAUGUAGUAUCGUCAGAAUUAUGAAACACAAAAAGGUGCUCGAAACUCAGGAACUCAUUAUGCAAACAAUUCAAAUGACGAGAAAAUUCUUCCAGGCGGAUGUUCGGUUCGUGAAGAAAGUUAUUGAAAAUUUAAUAGAAAAAGAAUAUUUGAUGAGAAAUAUUAAAAAUAUAGAAUACGUGGCUUAA